AUGUCAGCUGGUAAUGCAGGAACUGCAAAUGUACCAACUCAAAAGGUCAAAGUGCAUAGUGCCAAUGGGAACUCUAUUGAGGGACUUGCCAUGGUUGAUAGUGGUUCUAAUAAGAGUCUCAUUCGGAAAGAGUUUGCGGACAAGCUCGGUUUGGUCGGAGAAUCAAAAAAUAUGACGAUGUAUGUUGCGGGCGGUGGAAUUAGAGUUGACGAUUCUGCUGAGUUUGAUUUAAAGAUAUCGCCCUGUUAUGAUGAAGAUAUUGUAUUCAAUGUGAGAGCUUAUUCAGUCAAGCAACCAUGCCAAGCAGCCAAAGCUAUUUCAAAGAAAGCGGUAGUCAGAUUUCCUCACCUUGUUCGAAUUGUAGAAGAUCUACAUUUAAAUGGCGGUCCAGUGGACAUUCUAUUGGGAACAGAUCUACCGGAAGCCCAUCGUGAUUUUAAAGUUCUGGCGGGUAACCCUGGUGAACCGAUUGCAAAGAAGAACAUCUUUGGUUGGUCAGUCCUUGGUAAUCUUGGAGAGAAUAGUACACCUGGAAUUUUUGCUGUCCAAACCAUUAACGACAUAACAAAGGACCAGGACAUAAAGAAAUUAAUUUUCCAAGAUCAAUUAAGAAUCAAACCAACUGGUUACUGUACGUGCUCUGAGAAAGAAAUGCGAGACCGGGUGUCGAAAGAAAGGCAGCUGGUAAAGAAAGGAAAGUUGGAGGCGUUUAACAAGGAAGUAAAAGCUUUGGUCGACAGAGAAGUAGUCAUUAAGCUGAAACAAGAGGAAGUAAACCCAGAGGAGCCGGCUUGGUAUCUAACGAUUGGAAAAGUGGAAAGUCCCGACAAGACUACCAAGUGCAGAUUAGUUUUCGAUGCAGCAGCCAAAAUGGACGGACUUUCCCUCGAUGAUGCUCUUGAAAAAGGACCAUGUCUUAUGAAUUCCUUAUUUGAUGUGUUGAUUGGCUGGAGACAGAAUAGAGUCGCCUUUGCUGGAGACAACUCGAAGAUGUUUAAUGAGAUAGCUGUCCAUCUGGAUGAUCAGAAAUACCACAGAUUCUUGUGGAGAGACGGAGAAACCGACAGAGAGCCUGACAUGAAUGCCAUUAAUCUUCUCGCUGAUAGAGCUCAAGUCAAAUCACCAGAAGCAGCAAGAAUCUUAAAGGAUAAUACUUAUGUUGAUGACGUUGCGGGGUCGGAGACAUCACCAGAGAAAGUCAAGAAAGUGGUCGAUGGUAUCGAUACCAUUUUGGGCAAAGGCAAGUUUGCCAUCAAAGCGUGGCACAGCAACAGCCCAGAGAUUGAUCAAGAUGGCAACGAGAAUCCGGUGAGUCUACUGGGUCGUCAAUGA